CUUACCAACUAUGAACUUCCACCGGUCCACAGAUGUGGAUCGGCCAUUGAGGGUGAAGCUGGGGUAUCUAGAGCGUCAACGCGAAAGUCUACCGAUGUCUGCGGUAAUUGAGGACCCUGCAUUGGGUCUUUCGGUGCUGGGAUCGCGCUCUCCUGUCACUAUGACCAUCCAGGCCCAAGUAUUUUCUAGUGCAAAGCCUCUUUCGCAGGACAUAUGGCUGCCACAAAAGCUUCCCGAGCUGAUACCGAAGUGGAAUGAAUGGGUAGAUAUACCAAUUGACGUCAAAGACUUGCCACUAGAUGCUUGCCUUUGUGUGACGAUUUGGGGGCCCUCAGGCGGCGCAGAGAUGCAAGUGUACGGUGGCACUACCUUGCCGUUGUUCGAUAAUACAGACAACACUCUUAUGCAGGGACGGCAAAAACUCAAGAUUUGGCUCGAUCAAAAGGCAGAUGGUCUCCCGAAUACUUCAACACCUGCUACUGGCUCGACCAACCCCAUGAAUCGCCUAGAGCUUUUGAUGAAGCGCCAUCAAACAGGACAUAUAAAAGCUCUUGACUGGCUAGACAACCUAGCCUUUCGUCGAAUCGAGAAAAUUAAUCAAGAAAGUCUUGUCCGUGGUGCUGAUGAUCACUUUUUAUUCAUCGAGUUGCCAGUAUACGACGCCGACAUGGUAUUCAAUGAUCACUACUACAAACGCGACCAAGAACCAGCCCCAACAUUUCAAUUGCCUACUCCCGUCACCGUUUUUGAUGAUGAGGCGCAACAGUCUGUGAUGGUUGUAUAUGAUCCUGAAUUUGCCAAAGAAUCGCCAAUUCAGUCUAAGCAUCGACGCCUCGUCCGUUCGGCAGCCCAUGAUAAAGAUUUGCGGCCUAAUCCUCAAAUCCGCGAUGAGCUUGCUGCUAUUAUGAACUUUUCGCCUGUUCGAGAGCUUACAAGCGACGAGAAAAAUCUUGUCUGGAAGUUCAGGCACUAUCUUACCCGUCACCCAGCUGCCCUCAGCAAGUUUGUUCGUAGCGUGACUUGGGACGACUCCCACGAAGCUCAAGAAGCUGUCGAAGUUCUUCACUUGUGGGCAAGAAUUGAUGUUGCGGAUGCUCUUGGUCUUUUGGGGCCUGGAACCACUAACGCGCGAGUCCGUGCAUAUGCUGUUGAUCGGUUGCGUAACGCAAGUGACCACGACCUUAAACUUUACCUGCUGCAGCUUGUUGAAGCUUUGAAAUUCGAGCCAUGGUCAGUCAGUCCAGCGAAAUCUUACCUGGCGCGAUUCUUGAUUAAUCGUGCAAUUCUGAACCCUAUUCUUGGUAACUUUUUCUAUUGGUACGUCUCAGUACAAUCAGCUGAACGCCGUUAUGGAGCUCAGAUUUACCAGCCCAUUCUCCGCCAUUAUUUGACUGCUCUGCCUGGUGCCCCAGAUGGAGAGGGACAAAUUAUGCAGAUAAAGUUCCAGGUGAAGUUUAUCAACAAGCUUCUUGACCUGGCAAAAAUGGUCAAGCAGAGUAAAGAGAGUCGGCCGAGGCGAAUCGAGCAAUUGCGCGACUAUGUUUCUGACCCAAGGAAUGAGCUGGCCUCCUUCUUACCUACUAUUUUACCCAUCGAUCCAACAGUUGUAAUUGUGGGGUGCGUCGCCGAAGAAUGUACAGUGUUCAAAUCGAGUAUGCAGCCCCUCAAAAUCGUACUCAAGACACAAGGUGGUGGAACCUAUCCGAUCAUUUUCAAGAGCGGUGACGACCUACGGCAAGAUCAACUUGUUAUCCAGAUCAUCCAGCUUAUGGAUCAACUCCUACGCAACGAGAACUUAGAUCUUAAGUUGACUCCUUAUAGCGUGCUAGCCACUUCACCGAGUGACGGUGCAAUGCAGUUCGUUCCAAACGAAACGGUCGCACAUGUUAUUGGAGAGUAUCACGGUAUUCUUCCGUUCUUGCGCAAGUAUAAUGCCGACACUAACGCACCUUACGGUGUCAAGGUGGAGGUCAUGGACACGUUUGUACGGUCUUGUGCGGGAUACGCUGUUAUCACUUACUUACUUGGUGUUGGAGAUCGCCAUCUAGAGAACUUACUUCUUACGUUCGAUGGCCAUUUCCUGCAUAUUGAUUUUGGCUACAUCCUGGGUCAGGAUCCCAAACCUUUUCCGCCCAUGAUCAAACUCCCUAUUCAUCUAAUUGAUGGUAUGGGUGGUAUUACAUCUGAUAACUACGUCAAGUUCUGCAGUUAUUGUUUUACCGCCUUUACAACACUGCGAAGGUCGUCGAACCUUAUCCUUGCGUUGUUCAGUCUAAUGACAGAGUCAUCGAUUCCGAAUAUCAUGACUGAGCGUGGGCAAGCCGUGCAUAAGGUUGAGGAGCGUUUCUGUCUAAAUUUGACUGAACAAGAAGCCAUUCUCAGGUUCAAGAAUCUGAUUGAUGACUCGGUAAACGCUUUCCUUCCUAUGGUUAUUGAUCGUUUGCAUUCACUUGCGCAAUACUGGCGAGCUUGA